AUGACCGCCGUGCCCGGUCUCCCAACCCGAGAUAGCAGCUACAUGCAAACAGCGUUCAGCAUCCUGGAUAACAUGAUCGACCGAGGCAAUGUAGUAGCUCGCUACCGAAAGGAAGAGCUUGAAAAGCUGCAAGAGAUGUUGCGUCUUGCCAAAGCCCAAAAUCACGCGCCGUUGGCAUCUGUGGAUAGCAGAAACAACACAAACGUCGCGCACGACGAAACCCAGCUUUCGGUAGACAAUGGCAACGUAAGCCAAGCCCCGUCUACCGAACAAUUCGCCGACCGGGGUCCCGCCACGGGAAGCACAGCCAAUGGCCUGGCAUCAGAGCAAAUGUUAUCAAUCGCGGGUUUGCUCGACUGGGAGCCCGAUAUGACCGCCUUUGGCGAAGAUCAGCUCUCAGGGAACUGGCUGUGGACUGACUCUAUCGCACCCGAUUUUGACUUCAGCGGAGCGCUGCUCUGA